GCACCUCAACGCGUCGGGAGAAUGUCUCUAGAUGAAGAAACCCUAGAGACCGCCGCCAAUGGCGGCUUGAUGGACUUUGAGAAAUGGAACUCAAUGGUUGAACCGUUGGUGACACGAUUGGAACAUAUCGUCUUCAAUGUCUUCCCCAUGCCUCAAGUUCCUCCCGAUGCGACUGCUUCGACUCCUCCAAUUCCUCAAGGAUCCACAUCGGAAUUGAUUCCUGCUACUAGCGGUAGUAAUAAAGAGAAUGAUACCCCGGCCUCGACGAUUCAGUCCUCGACCGACCGUGUUCCCGACUCCCAGCCUGAACCGCCUGACGAUCCAGCAACAGGCGCCGCCCUCCCCGCACCUCUCUUGCUCUUAUUAGACUCCGUUCGAUCGAACUUGCGCACGCUGUUCGCCUCGAAACCUCCUCACACGAUUCAGAGACUGGCAGAGCUGAUCCUCCGUCCCACUGCGCAUUACCGAACCCUCCCCGCUUACCUCCGGGCUGUCGACCGCGUCGUCUCGGUGACCAGCAGCGCUGAUGUUUUCCCACUUCGGGUGCAAGAAGCGACCAGCCAGCCCAAUGGCGUAAUGAAUGGCGGAGAAGGUAGCUUCCUGCUUCCAGAUCAUGCCUUGGGGAGCGACGAAUCCUUGGGCGGGGCCCUUCUCACUCCAAUUCCGUGGUUGAGGAAUGCUGCAUCGCCGGGGGCGGAAGAUGCAGCACUUGAGACUGAAGGCGACGAAUCAGUCUUCGCAGUUGCCCCGACAGAGCAGCCUAUCCAACAGGAGUCAGAGCAGACGGUUGGUUCGACACAAGAAACCACCCUCCCUGCUCAACCCGUCCCCUCAACGGUAGAGAAUCAAGCCAUGGAAGGCACGGGGUCUCCGCCGGCCGACGCAUCAGAAGAUAUACCGCACGCGCGAGGUCCACGGGUGCUAGGCGUCGAGGACAUGGGUCUCCAAGACGGCAAAGGGGUCGAAAUGACCCUUCCGGCCGCCGAAGACAACCCUAGCAAGCAAUCCGAUCAGCAAGAGCAGUCUGAACAGCCGGCCCCAGAAACCGACAACAAGCAAGCGGCUGGCAAGGAGAGUGCAGACGGCGAUGGAGACAUAGUCCUCGGGGACAUACAGGGGGCAGGGGAACAAUCGCCAGCGUCGGCUGAGACCCAAAAAACAGACGAGUAGUUUCAAUGCUUAUGUUUCGGGCUCAAAUCCUCAGACCCGGAGACCAAGAGACGACGAUGAUGAAUAUUUGACCUUCAGACUAAACUGCUAUUUUGUUAAUUUGCGAUCCUUUGUUUCCCUUAUAUCAUGAUUGAUGAUCGGCAAUGACUUCGACUCGUGUGAGACAUACAUGAGUUAUAUCCUCUUCAUUCCCGCUUAAUCCAGUGAUGACUGAUGAUCUAUUCGUUGUUUUCUAUUUUAACUCUUUCUCUUACAAUGGCUAUCAAGAAGCAUAUGGGAUUUAGCUAGCGGACCAACGGACACGCAAUGCGCAGUGCAGUUAUCCGCCCCGUCUGUUUGGUUUUAUAGAGGCCAAUGAUAAGCGAGUUCAACUCGAGCAAAUCUUAUUGAUUUC